UUGAAGAACGCGAAGGAAGUGCUACGGACAGCAAUAUUUACGUGUCUCAUAAGACCCGUUAUCGGUGAAAUCCUUUUAUAAUGAAGUUAUAUCAUACAAUGUUAUUUCUAUGGCUAGUCGCUGUUUUACGUGGAGUUUCAGGAGAAGCAGAAACUCUUGUUGAGGAACCUGGACCAGACCUUUGGUAUUGGAGUAUCUUUAAAGGAAGUAAUAGAGGUGCAGGGUGGAGCCAUCCUUCAACUGCAUCACCAACAUACAAAGUCUGUGAUAUUGCUAAGGAUAUUACUAAAGAACCAAAGAACUGGUUGUUAACAGAUUUUAUUGACAUCAAAAAUGCUAAACGACUUGAUAUUGAAGUGACUUUUUCCCUUCGUAACUGCCCCUUAGCUGAGGUGGGACCAUUCUGCAGAACAAGCUUCUCCCUUUAUUCUUAUCAUACCGAUGUAAAACCAGUUGCUGGUCCAGAUCCAACAAAACCUGGAGUGAAGUUUCAGAAAGAAAUUGUUAUAAUUCCAGAAACUCUCCCAGCACCAGAUCAGUUUACAACAGACACAUUUUAUGGGUCAGUGGUAACUAAAGGAAAAGGAAUUUAUUUUGCAUUCUUAGACCAAGGAAGUUGUGUGACAAUUAUAAGCUUUGCUGUAAAAUAUCGCUUCUGCUCUGAAAGGGGUGCUACUUUAGUCAGAUUUCCAAGAACAGUUGCGCCAGCAAAUGAUAUCAAUUUAACUAAACAAGAAGGAGAAUGUACAGAUCCUAACUCACGUCAAAGACUGAACAAAAAGUUAUUCGGUGUGUGCCUUAGUAAUGGAGAAUGGAACAUUACAGAUAACUCAGCCUGCUUUUGCAACUAUGGUUAUGAACUCGCCAAUGGAUCUUCAGACUCUUUGGCAUGUAAAGAGUGUCAGAUUGGCUUCUACAAGGAUACUGUUGAUAAUACAAAAUGUCUGCUGUGUCCUACAAAUUCGGCAUCUAAUGCUGGCAGAACUGGUUGUAUAUGUAAAGAAGGUUACUAUAGAUCAUCUGAUAGGACAGAUUGUGAAGAGUUGCCAAAAGCCCCACUCAUGGCUAAUGCUACUGUUGUCAAGGCAACAGCUGUUGAGAUCAGUUGGCAGCGCUCACCAGAUGAUUUGGAUGAUGGUGAAUUAAUUUAUGCUGUAGACUGCUUUAGAUGCACAUCGAGUGAAGACAAGAACUGUGAUGAGCAGUGUAACCUGAACGUGCAAUAUUCACCAAGUAAAGAAAACAUCAGUGGCGUUGACGUUGUUAUAAACGGUUUACCAUCAUCCAGUUACUUUCUGUUUCGAGUUUACUCAGUGAAUGAGUUGAAUCGACAGGAACAAAACAGGGAUGUCUGGAACUUUGCUGAAGUUUUUGUCAAAACAAAGGUGUCAACAAUUCAUCCAACUGAAGGGGAAACAGGUUCCUCAAAGAAAACUCUGAAGAUGGUGUUAUACAUAGCAGUUCCUAUAGUGGCUGUCUUGGUCAUUUUAGUCAUUCUUUGUGUUGUCUGCUUCUGUAGGGGUAAAGGUAAAAAAGGUUACUUAAAACCAGUUGAGAUGAGAGAUGGGCAAGUGAUCUUACCAACAAGAGGCCAGAGACUUUAUAUCGAUCCAAGUAAUUACGAAGACCCCGAGGAGGCUUUGAGAACGUUUGCCAAGGAACUGGAUAAGAAAUGGAUCACUUUGGACCAUAUUAUUGGUGGAGGUGAAUUUGGCGAUGUGUACAAAGGAACUUUAUCGAGACCAGGAGAAGAAACUAUCUUCGUCGCUGUCAAGACUUUAAAGACCGGUGCUCUUCGUAAAAACCGCCAAGACUUUAUCAGUGAAGCUUCCAUAAUGGGCCAGUUUUGUGACCCGAAUGUCAUUUUUCUCGAGGGUGUUGUUACUAAAACCUCACCCAUGAUGAUCGUGAUCGAGUUUAUGUCCAAUGGUUCUCUUGACAAUUACCUGAAGAAAAUGGAUGGCAAACUUACAGUGCUGCAAUUGCUGGGAAUGGCGCGAGGUGUCGCAUCAGGAAUGAAAUAUCUCUCCGAAAUGAACUUUAUUCAUCGGGAUUUGGCUGCAAGGAAUAUUUUGGUAUCAGAGAGUUUGGUUUGCAAAGUAGCAGAUUUUGGUUUGUCUCGAGAGUUAGAAGACUCAGCUUAUGAAACCAAGGGUGGCAAAAUUCCUGUCAGAUGGACGGCAUUAGAGGCAAUUGAGUACCGUAAAUUCACUCCAGCCAGUGACGUGUGGAGCUAUGGUAUCUUGCUAUGGGAGAUCAUGUCAUUUGCUGAGAGACCUUACUGGGACUGGGGAAACUACGAGGUAAUGGAACGAGUCAAGUCAGGGUACCGUCUUCCGCCUCCAAUGAACUGCCCGAAGGCCAUGCAUCAGGUCAUGCUGAACUGCUGGAAUGUUGAUCGGAAUAAGCGACCGAAGUUUGCCGAAAUUGUGAAGAAACUCGACUCGCUUAUUCGAUCUCCUGAGAAGCUCAACGAGGAUACCUCUACAGUUCCCAAGUCACCCAAGAUGGAAUAUACCUCCAUGACAACCGUGCAAGAAUGGCUCGAUAGCAUCAAGAUGGGACAGUACCAUGACAAGUUCGACAAAGCAGGCUUCACGCACCUGAACCAAGUAGCCAAAGAUGACGAGCUUGACCUCAACGAUAUGGGUAUUAAGCUCAUUGGUCACAAAAAUAAAAUCCGCAAGAGCAUAAGGGAAGUGAAGAAAACUUUGGACAAGGAAGCCCUUGUUGUUGUCUAACUCUUGGUGCUGAAUUGGUAACGAGCCAGUGUGGUCACCACAUGUUUGAGUGGGAUUUUAAACUAGGGCAUAUGCAAAAGCAAGCUAACAUGGCUAAGAACAACAAUCAAUGGAAAACGAUGGACAAGUAUUUUGUGAGAGAGACGUUUAGUUAAGAGUUUUAUUUUCUUUUAGCAGAAUUAAUAAUGAGAAUUCAAAAUUUUUCCCGCUUUCGCUUUUAGAAAAUGUAUUUCUUUUAGGAUUGUAUGCUUAUGGAAUUUUGCUCAAGUUUCAAAUUUAAUCCAGAACAGGCCCGUGCUUCAGGUACAAUAUCGCACGAACAAUAUAUUUUACAUUAUAUUUUACAAUAUAUUUUUAUCUUCAUUAUUAUUAAUGAUAUUACUAUAAAAAUUACUACUGUAUUAGUUUUAUUAUGUCCAUGUCAGUAUCUAAGUCACUCGUCACCCACCCCUCCCCUUCAACUUUAACCCUAACUUAUAAUCAGAUCACUGUUUUUGGGAUAUGGGAGGGGUGGGUGCGCAGUUGUAUAGAUACUGACAUAGAUUACUAUUAUCUCAUCUCUUUUUUUUUUUUUUACGAUGAUGACUGUGCUUAUUGUGGCGGACAUGUGAGUGGACCCACGCGCGCAAUACAUCAAACUUAAAGUGGGUCAAAAGAAAACUUGAUUGGCAGAUGGCAUCGCUUUGGGAAGUAAAAUUUUGCGGGAGAACAUUGCACUAUAAUUUCCUUUUUUGCCCUUCAAUUCUCUUAUAAGCGUAUGCAAUCGGUGUGAUACUUCCUGCACGAUUUACUUGUCCGUCAAAAUGAGCACAGUAAUCUCUCUUCCUAAACGAGAUUAGUUUUCUAUGCUGUGUAAGUAGGAGGAGUAGAAUAGGGAAAAUUAAUUUCAUGUAGAAGAAGUUGUUAAACCUUUUACUCCAGAAAAAUGAUCAACAUGAAACUUCUCCCUAUAAUUUCCUUACAUUUUCCAGCAAACAGGUACUGAGAGUACUUAAACUUAUCAGCCAA